CUCUCGAGCACAUACAACUGCGGACUGCGACACAGAGAGCAUUGUUCACUACGCGAUGGAUGUACACAGUGCAGCUAUGAGUAACUAUAUGGAUUGUGACUUUGAUGAAAUGGAUUCUAAAAACAGGAAAAUGCAACAUUGCGAGGAUCGCGUCGAUAGUGGCGUGGAUUCGUUAAAGGAGGACGAGUACAGAAAAAUUGUGGAGGAAUUGGGGAACUUGUCAAUGCCGUCUCACAAUGUAAAUAAAGCCGGGACCCACGAACCCUGGAAACAAGAAGUCACAGAGGACGGAGACACGUAUCUUCACCUUGCCAUCAUUCACGAGGCAGAGGAUUAUGCCAUCCAGAUCAUCAAACGGUGCCAAAACGACUCAUUCUUGAACAAACAGAACAACCAAAGACAGACUGCACUCCACCUUGCCGUGAUCACAGAACUGCCACACAUGGUGGAAAGACUCCUAAAGGCUGGCUGUGACCCCCGCCUGGUCGAUCAAAGUGGAAACACUGCUCUUCACAUCGCCUGCAAAAGAGGAUCACUAGCUUGCUUCUCAGUGCUCACUCAGAAUCAAACCCAGCAUCUACGGUCCAUCCUCACCAUCCCAAACUACAGUGGGCACACCUGUCUCCACAUAGCAGCCUUUCAGAAUUAUCUCUCAAUGGUGGAGAAGCUGGUCCAGCUUGGAGCAGACAUCAACGCUAAGGAGCAGUGUAGUGGUCGUACUUCACUCCAUUUGGCAGUGGAUCUGCAGAACUUGAAUCUGGUACACACACUCAUCGCUCUGGGAGCCGACGUCAAUUGUCUCACCUAUGGAGGCUACACGCCAUACCACCUGACUUUUGGCCGACAGAACAGAGAGAUCCAGAGGCAGCUUUUUGAUCGGACGGCCCAAGAGCUCAGACCAAUGCCAGAGAGUGAGUCGGAGGAGAGCGAUGAGGAGCUUCUGUCUGAUGAGGAUUGUAUUUAUGAUGACAUCCAAUUCUGUGGGCGAUAGACUGACUAGUCCGGACAACAUUCCUGGUAAUGCAAAGCAACAAAGGCUGAAGGUGCUGUCUCGGAUGUCCGCGUCACGGAUGUGCCAUGUCCCAGAAAGCCGAUUUCCCCAAAGGGAUUCAAGAGUGGCAAAGAGCUGUCACCGGGGACACAAUAGUAGUGGUGCUGUGCAUGGAAAGAAACACAGGGAUUGCUGAACAGAACACCUUAUCAAUGAAAUACUUUUGAAAUCUACUGUUGAUGCCAAAGAAAUGGGAAAAUAUGUAUAUUUUGUGAAUGUACAGAGCUAUAUUUUUAUAUUUGUAAAUAUGUCAAAUGAAACACUUGUAAAUAAUGUUUAUAGUCUAUAUAUUACAUUAUGAAAAUAUUUUUUUACAUAAAAAAAGUGCCUGAAAGA